AAUAAAGACAUAACCUGAAUUAGUGUAUUAAUUUCGUCAACAACUGUCACUUGGUGCCGGAUCUUUUUGAAGUCUAUAGAUACAAUGAGUAAAAAGCAAUAUUGAAAUUGUUGUAAAUUACUUUACACCUAGUAUUUGUUUUUUGUUUUUCUGUAACGUUUUCUUUUGAAGAUGAUCUCCAAAAUAUUCAGGAUUGCUGUUUGUACCAGUAGCUUUUUAUACACCUUUUAUGUUUUAUGCAAAUUAACUUAUUUUUUGUCAAAACCUGUUGAAUAUAAAGAAAGUGAUGAAUUAGAACUUGAAGAGAAUCUAGUACUAAAAACAUUAUGGAUUUUGAUUAUAAAUAUAACUCUACUCAGUGUGUUUAUUAUUCAACAUUCUGUGAUGGCUAUGGAUGUUGUUAAAGAUAUUUACUUUAAUUUGAAUAUGGAAGACAUUGAACGUAGCAUAUACAAUGCCAGUAGUGCAGCAGUCCUACAUUUAUUGGUGAAACAAUGGCAGUCAAUACCAUGGAUAUCUGUUUGGAAUUUUAGUACUUCGCAAAGUAAUUACUUAUGGUUUACAAUCAGUGCCUGUCAGGUUAUUGGCUGGUGUAUAGUUUAUGCUGGUUGUGUUAUGAUGGAUAUUUCUGAAUUGGCUGGCCUAAAGCAAGUAUAUUAUAAGCUGUCUGGUAGACCACGUCCCAUGACAAUAAAAUCUCGAGAACUUCAGAGAUUCUUCUUACACAUGAGGCACCCAAGCUUGACUGGCUUUCUUAUUAUUUUGUGGAUUUAUCCCCUUAUGAGUAUUGACAGAUUAUUACUAGCUUCUAUAUUAUCAUCAUACAUGAUUUUGAUGUGGUCAAUCGACUAUGAAGAUUAUUCAUAUCAAUCAAUAAUGAUUUCAAAAAAACAAAGAGAAUUUAAUACAGAGACUUACUGAGAAAAAAAGUUAAAAUAGUAUUUCCUUUAUGUCAUUUUGCACUGUAUGUACUGCAUUUUUUUAAGUCACAUAAGAGCCUUCAAAUUAAUAUGAUGCCUUACAGUUAAUUUUCGUGUGAUACUAAUUAACAAAUUGUUAUGUUGUUAGAGUAGUAAAUGUUAAUAUAAUAAAAGUUAGUUUAAGUUUUCUACAAAAUGAAAAAACGAGUAACAAAGUUACUUAAUAUAUAAUUUAUUAAUAUUUUUGAAAAUAAUGUGUUCAUUUUUUCUGUAUACAAAUAAACUAUCACUUUCA